CACGACCACAACCGCCGCAAAGAAUAGAAGUACAAGCAACUGGAUAUUUUAUGGAAUAUCUGGGAGUUUUUGGUGCUUUUAUGGACUUGUAGAUAUUGACAGAUAUAUAUCGUCAGCAUGGAACUGCUGCCCAUCUUCAAAAGGGCAUACUGGACAUUGGCUGCCGGAGGCCUGUUUUAUGUAUGCUUCAUCAUCUCCAUGACCUAUCCCACGGUCCAACGAUUUGUGCUGUACGCGAACAAGAUCAACCCGACGCUCUGGCAGAAUGUCAACGACGUCGAGCCUUUUGGAUUUCUGAAGACGCAGGUUCAACCUUUUCAUCUGAAAACCCCAGACAACGAAACGCUCUAUGGUUGGCAUCUUCUUCCGCUGCAUCUGUGCUAUGAGCAUGAAGAAGAACUAGCUGUCAAUGAACCUUCCGGCCCGGCUGAGGACUACACCAAGACAACCGCCUUUAAGCUGCUUGCCAAUGACCCAAAGGCCAGAGUAGUUAUCAGUUUUCACGGCAACGCAGCCCACCUAGCAUCAGCCCAAAGACCAGAAAUCUACCGAAUGCUCCUCGGUCUCUCCACCCCCUCCGACCCCGUCCACGUCUUCGCCAUCGACUAUCGCGGAUUCGGCGUAUCCACCGGCACCCCCACAGAAGAAGGCCUAAUCACAGACGGCAUGUCACUCAUCAACCUCCUCACCUCUGCCCCUCUGAACAUCCCCCCAUCCCGCAUCGUCCUCGUCGGCCAGAGCCUUGGAACAGCCGUCAGCGCCGCAGUAGCUGAGCGUUGGGCUUUUGGAUCCGAAGAUCCCACCGCCAUCCAGCCUGCUAUCAAGAAUCCGGAGCCAUUCGCUGGCGUGGUCCUGCUCGCGUCGUUCAGCAAUGUGGCUAGUGUGAUUGAGUCUUAUAGUUUAAAGGGAAUAACGCCGCCCAUGCUCUCUCCUCUUAGAGGCUACCCCCGUGUGCAGAAGUGGGCAGUGAGCCAUAUUCUCGACCGCUGGGAUACCGCGGCGCGCGUGGCCCGUCUGGUGGGAAUUGGACCAACAGCCCAAAACGACUCCGAUGCUGGCUACGUUAGUAAGAAUCUGGACCUAGCUAUCGUGCAUGCCCGGGAUGAUGUUGAGAUCCCGUGGUACGAGGGUCGUCGGGUCUGGGUGGCUGCGACGGGCGAGGAUCAACCGGAUGUUCCUGGUCGUUUGGUUUGUGAGAAGAAGCAGGAGAAUGGGCCUGGUGAGGUUAAAAUCUGGGAGAAUAGGUCCACUAAGGAUUCGUCUGUUGUUAAGAAGGUUCGCUGGGAGCGUGUGGGAUAUGGAGGUCAUAACCGUGUUGCGACUUUCUCUGCUGCGUCUUUGGCUGUGCUCAGGGCUUUUGAGAAUUGAUUCCGACGCAUGAUGGAUUAUAACGGCUUUAUUCCGGUUACGAUAGACCGAGGGAAAUGUUCAGUAUGAGAUAGCUACGAGACAAUCAAGUCAAUUAUGUAUACAUGUACAUCGAAUACUUUAUCAGGUCAUGGUAACUCCAAAACAGCU